UUUUUAUGUAAAAACUGAGUCAGAGAUGAAAUAGUCUUCACGUAGUCAGUUGCGCCAUCUCUGUCGUGCAAUUUCAAAAAAACUGUGUUCACAGCGACGAUAAUCGGUGAAUUUUACCGAAAUUUCGAUAAAUACCGAAAAGAUAAGUGAAUAGAAACGUUCGGGGGCGACGGUCGCGUUCAUUUUUCCGAUCAAAAAACAUUGUUGAGCGUUUUUUUCGGUAGAAAGAGGUUAGUUCACCUCGACAACCGUAAGAUCGUUGAACUUGCCGCCGCUUUAGUGUUUCGUCUUUUUCCCACGAAAAGACAGUUUCAAGUUUAUAAAAAUAAAUAUGAAAGGCCUAAUUAAUGUAGGAAAUUUGUCCCCGUUUUUGAAUCGACUUUAACAAACCGUUAGUCGGCAACGACGUUUCAAACAGAAAACGUGUGAUGUCGCAUUAAAAUAUUUGAGUGUUGUUUUUUUGGAGUGUUAUUUUUUUAAUUAAAAGUGUUAAAGUGUGAAUUUAGAAAAAUCUGGAUUUCUGAAGACCGGGAAUUUUUUUUUAAGACGUACUCGGUAUUGAUUUGGGUUCUCGGAGGCUUGGCUUGCUACGAUUACACCGGCGGCGUCUUAUUUUCUAUUGGCCCGUCCAGAAAACGACAUAAAAUUUUUUUUUCAUACUCGUCUCCACCGUUCAGAUGGAACUCAAAAUUUCCGCGUUUUUCAAUCGUGUGUUGUUACUGUUACCACGGCGGCAUUAUUGUUUAAACACAACAAUAUAGUGUUAUUUUUUUAAACAAAAACAUAACCUCACAAAAAAAAUCAACAAAACAAAAUAAGUGAAAUGUAGUGAUUCUUUUUUGUUUUUAUAUAACAUUAAUUUUUUAAGAACGACAUAACCUCAAAAAUGGACAAGAUUAAAACGAAAUUGGACGAUUUUAUUUAUUAAAGUGACUCAUUUUAUACUUGAUAAUCAACUUAAAUUGGAGAAAAUAAAUUAGAUUCGAAAUAAUUGAAGAUGUUACCACAACAAUAUUGCCUCCGUUGGAGGUAUCAUCAUUCAAACUUACAAACAAUGUUUUCCCAAUUAUUGGAACGUGAGGCAUUUUGUGAUGUUGUAUUAGCAUGUGAAGGAAAAAUGAUUAAAGCACAUAAAAUAGUUUUAUCCGCGUGUAGUACUUAUUUCGAUACGAUUUUAUCACAAUUCGAAGAAAAAGAUCCAAUACUUAUUAUGAAAGACGUUAAAUAUACGGAUAUUAAGUGUUUGGUUGAGUUUAUGUAUAAAGGAGAAAUUAAUGUUGAUCAUAAUCAUUUAGCGACAUUAUUAAAAACCGCCGAAGAAUUACGAAUAAAAGGUUUGGCGGAAGUUUCGUGGCGCGAUCAAACUGAAGGAGCAAGCGGCGAAGGCGCCCCAACGAACGGGGUGCAAACGGCCCUUCCGCACGUUUCCACCGUUAUGGAAGAUUCGUCCUCAGCGAAAUUGGAACCUCCCGCCAAAAGAAAACGUGGUCGACCUCCCAUUGACGAUUACGAUUCCAACGUUCAGUACGGUAACAAUAAUAAGGGUACGUCGAAUAAUUCCGUAUCGGGCGGACAUGGUGAAGAUGGGUAUUCGGAUGCUUUGUCGAGUAGCGAACACGAUCUUUCAAUUUGGGAGGAAGAAAAUCCACCGGGAAUCAAUGACAACGAUGAUGGGGAUGAAUCGGAAAGAAUUAUUAAAGUUAAAACGGAAUUGAAAUCUGAUGACGAAGAAAUGGUAAACGACGCAAUAGAUCCAAUCAGCGUAACCGAAUCGAAAUCAUCAUCGGAUUCAUCAAAACUAUCAAAUGCGAAUCGAACGGCCGCGUCAAAUAACACCGCGGGAAGCGGGUUAACGUCGGCGUUGGAGAAAGAAUGGCCGGAUGUGAUCAAAAUGAACGAUUAUUUAAAUACCGGCAGAAGACAGCAAUUUUGGGAGGAACCGUUUACGAAACGCGUCAUGGACGCGAUCAAAAACAAAAAUCUCGAAAUGAAAAUCGCCGCCGAAUUGCUAGGCGUUUCUUAUGGUACGCUUUAUGGACGGUAUAGAGACGCGUAUGGUUGUCUAAAACAUCCGUAUAGAAUACCAAAUGCUUCGCCAGGCGGUCGAUUGGCAUUUUGGUCAGAACAAGGUCCAACGGACGUCUUAUUAAAAUUAAAACGCAAAGAAAUCACAUUAUUCCGCGCGGCCGAACAGUUAAACGUGACACCACAGACUCUAUCGAAUUAUUUGAUCUCAAUGUCGGUGCUAGAUAGCGAGGUGGCCCAAAACUCGGCUUUGGCCGGGCUCGGGGACGGCGGCAAAUCGGACGCUUCCGAAUCGGAGGAGAGUGAAAUGUUGACGGAUCCGUUGGCGAACGCGACGUUAAAGACUUAUUCGAAUAAUUCGAACAAUACGUCGAAUUCGGUUUUGGCUAAUUGCCCGGAUAUCACGAUCAUUAAAAAGGAGAAAUCGAGUAAUUCGUCCGGUUCCGGGGGUGGUGGUGAACACGGAAGGGUUAAUAAUAACGCAGAUCAUUCCGACCAGUUGAUUGCUGCCGCUGGGCCUGCAACCAAGUGAGCUAAUUUAAUAAAUAACGACUUAUUAACGAAAAUUAAAUUAACAUGGCAACCCUCUCAGUAUUUUCCGUAGACCAAAGUUUUCUAAAACAAAUUUUUUUCUCUUUCAAUCACGAAUCUAUUUCUUUCCAUUUUAUUUUUAUUUUUUUAUUUGUUGAAUCCUAAUAUUGUUUUGAGAGGACUCAAUCAGUUUUUUUGUUAUAACCUAUUUAAAAAUAACUUUAUUUUGUAUUAUUUUUUUAUCUAUAAUCAAUAAUCAGAUCUACAAUUUGUACCUGAUGGGUUAAAUGAACAAAACAUUUAAUUCUUUAAAUUUUUUAAAAUCUAGGUUAAGAUUUUUAU